AUGAUCAAUAGCAGUAACGGUAUGAUUUCGACGUCAUCGUCGACGGCGAACGCCCAAUCGCCGGGUUUGAAGACCUAUUUCAAAACCCCGGAAGGGAGGUACAAACUCCACUACGAGAAAACACACCCUUCUGGUCUCCUUCACUAUGCCCAUGGCAAAACUGUCACUCAGGUAACUCUAGCUAAUCUGAAAGACAAGCCAGCCCCACAUACCCCGACAUCUUCAUCUUCAACGUUUAGUGCUAGCAGUGGAGUGAGAUCAGCUGCAGCAAGAUUGUUGGGUGCUGGCAAUGGGAGUCGAGCACUUAGCUUUGUUGGAGGGAAUGGUGGGAGUAAAACUGUUAGUGGCACCAGUAGGAUUGGUUCUUUAGGGGCUUCAUGCUCAAGUAGUGCUAUGAUAAAUCCGAACUUUGAUGGAAAAGGGACUUACUUGAUAUUUAAUGUUGGGGAUGCUAUUUUUGUAAGCGACCUCAACUCUCAAGAUAAGGAUCCAAUCAAAUCCAUCCAUUUUAGUAAUUCAAACCCUGUUUGCCAUGCCUUUGAUCCGGAUGCUAGGGAUGGACAUGAUUUGGUUAUUGGUUUAAGUUCUGGUGACGUCUACUCAGUAUCUCUCAGACAACAAUUACAGGAUGUUGGGAAGAAACUUGUCGGGGCACAGCAUUAUAACAAAGAUGGUUCCAUCACUAACAGUCGUUGUACUAGUAUAGCAUGGGUGCCUGGAGGCGAGGGUGCUUUUGUUGUUGCUCAUGCUGAUGGGAAUCUUUAUGUGUAUGAAAAGAACAAGGAUGGUGCUGGAGAUACUUCUUUCCCUGUGAUAAAGGAUCAAGCCCAGUUUUCCGUUUCACAUGCACGGUACAGCAAGAGUAACCCGAUUGCCCGAUGGCACAUAUGCCAAGGUUCAAUAAACAGCAUCACUUUCUCAGCUGACGGAACCCACUUAGCAACUGUUGGAAGAGAUGGAUACCUUAGAGUUUUUGACUAUACAAAGGAACAACUUAUUUGUGGUGGGAAGAGUUACUAUGGAGCUCUACUAUCUUGUGCUUGGAGUAUGGAUGGGAAGUACAUUUUGACUGGUGGUGAAGAUGAUCUAGUUCAAGUUUGGAGUAUGGAAGAUCGGAAGGUUGUCGCAUGGGGCGAAGGACAUAACUCAUGGGUGAGUGGGGUGGCAUUUGAUUCAUAUUGGUCAUCACCAAAUGCUGAUGGUACGGCUGCGACGGUAAUGUACCGGUUUGGCUCUGUUGGCCAGGAUACACAGUUGUUGUUAUGGGACUUGGAAAUGGAUGAAAUCGUGGUGCCAUUGCGAAGAUGUCCUCCUGGUGGUUCGCCAACAUUUAGUGCCGGUAGUCAAUCAUCCCACUGGGACAACGUUGUCCCAGUUGGCAUUCUGCAACCUGCUCCUUGCAUGCGAGAUGUGCCAAAACUAUCUCCUCUUGUUGCUCACCGUGUUCAUACUGAGCCGCUUUCCGGAUUAAUCUUCACUCAAGAAUCCGUUGUUACAGCAUGCCGAGAAGGGCACAUUAAAGUUUGGAUGAGACCAGGAAUUGCUGAGAGCCAGUCAGCGACAGACUCCGAGACUGUUUUGACUGGUAACUUGAAAGAGAAGCCCUUGUUGUCGAGCAAGAGCUCCACUGCUGGCUACAGGCAAUGA